UGAACAUGCAACCAUGAUUCAAGGACUGAAGAAACGCACCAGGAAGGCCUUUGGGUUACGGAAGAAAGAGAAGGACACAGACUCCACGGGCUCCCCUGACAAAGAUGGAAAAAAGACCAACGGGGCUCCAAAUGGAUAUUAUGGGGAGAUUGAUUGGGACCGAUAUGCCGCUCCAGACGUGGACGCUGAGGGCUUCAGUCUCAGACCCGGAGAGGAGAGAGGAACAGCUCCCAAAGGCAAGCAGCACUUCUCCUCCAGCGACACUGAGGAUGAGGACGACAACAGGAAGUUCAAGAUCAAGAUCAAGCCGUUGCCCUCCGACACUGCCAAGUGUGCCGUCCCCUCCAUGGAUGAACUGAAAGCUUCCGUUGGAGGUUUGGCGCUAUCUCCCUCUUUGAGGAGAAGUCCGAGACGCAGCCCGGGCUCGAUAAAGAGACACCUGUCUUGUGAGGAGAUCGCCAGACCCAGACGCUCCACCCCUACGCCAAGCCCCGCACCCGAGACACAAAGUGAGAGAGUAUCCCAGAAUCGUAGAGCAUCCCCAGCUUUCUUCGGGCCUCCUCCUGAGACGACCUAUGAGACACACAGAUACGAUAGUAACAGAAAUGAUGGUGAGGAGAUCGCCAGACCCAGACGCUCCACCCCUACACCAAGACCCGCUCCCGAGACACAAAGUGAGAGAGUAUCCCAGAAUCGUAGAGCAUCCCCAGCUUUCUUCGGGCCUCCUCCUGAGACGACCUAUGAGACACACAGAUACGAUAGUAACAGAAAUGAUGUGGUCUGUAUAGAGGCUGAUGCAUGGUGUGACUCCAGACCAGACUCUGACUCCCCUUUGACCAGAAACUUUCCCACAGGAGCUCCUCCUCCACUUCCUCCCAAGAACAUCCAAGCAGCUAGUCAAGGCUAUUCUUCGUCUGAUUCUUCCGUUGAUUUACACAAUGGGAGAAUAGUCUCAAGCCCCGCCCCCAUCUACCUGAACGUCCAAUCCCCAGCCUCAUACAGAGGUUCCCCCGUGCCUGACCUGGAAGAUGUGUUCGGCCCCAUGGAAUCCUCCCGGAUCAAUGAGGGCAGGGCCUCGCCCCGAUGGGUCAGCUUCAACAGUGAGAGGCCACCCCCACCGGAAGAACCGGCCCCGCCUCCGCCCCCUGCCUAUGCUCCUCCUGACUCGCCCAACUCCUUCUCUUCCACCCCAGACUCCCCCUGCCUCUCCCCGGGCCCCCCUCCGGAUGAGCCUCCCCCCUCCCCGCCGCCCUUUUCCUCUUCCCCCCGACUCGCAUUAUCCAUCGGGAUCAUCAUGCCCCCUCCAAAUGAACCCGUUCCCCACUGCCAUCUCGCCCUACUGCCUCCGACUUCUUGCCCCAGACUCCAGCCAUGA